GAGCUACAGAAACUCUUUUGCGGAAGUACAGUUUUUUUUCUCGAUCAGUCCACUUUGCUCCGUGGCGUUGUUUAGAAUAAUUAUUUUUGAUGCUACUGCUUGUUAGUCCUUACACGGAGAGCUGAAUAUCUUGGACAAUGACCCAAACCACACCUCGAGGGUGUGUAAGGACUAUUUGAUGAAGGAGAGUGAUGGAGUGCUGCAUCAGAUAACCUGGCCUCCACAAUCACCCGACCUCAACCCAAUUGAGAUGGUUUGGGAUGAGUUGGACCUCAGAGUGAAGGAAAAACAGCCAACAAGUGCUCAGCAUAUGUGGGAACUCCUUCAAAACUGUUGGAAAAGCAUUCCUCAUGAAGCUGAUUGAGAGAAUGCCAAGAGUGUGCAUAGCAGUCAAGGCAAUGGUGGCUACUUUGAAUAACCUCAAAUAUAAAAUAGAUUUGGAUUUGUUUAACACUCUUUUGGUUAUUAUAUGAUUUCUUAUGUGUUAUUUCAUUGUUUUGAUGUCGUCACUAUUUUUCUACAAUGUAGAAAAUAGUAAAUACAAAGAAAAACCCUUCAAUGAGUAGGUGUCUAAACUUUUGGCUGGUACUAUACGUAAAACAUGAAAUUCAAGUUCCUCUUUAAGUCAUUGCUAGGUCAACAGUAUGUUUAUUGCACCAGCAUUUCCUUUCUUGCAUAAUUUGUUGACACCAUAUGAAUAUGACAUGAAUGAACAAUGAUUGAUGAAUGAAUGCUUUUUCAUCUAAAAGGUUCAAAAUCAUGUGUACACUGAUGGAUGAAAUCCAAAUGGAUUCCACUCACAAUGUAACACCUGCAAGAGAACAGGCAGAUUGCGAUCAUCAAACAAGAUGCACCAGCGGUGUUCCUGACUUUAUCUGAAUAAUGUGACAUGAAUGAACAAAGUAGCUUUUUUUUAUAGCAGCACUCAGAACAAACGUCCACCUUGUUGUUAAUCUAACUUGCUCAUUAGAGGGGACCUUUUUAACAUUCCUAGAAUAUGCAUUGGACCAUAUUCUGUCCAGCUUGAGGUAGAUUUACCUGACGUGAAAGGGAAUGCAGAGUCGUCGCCCAUAGACCGGAUGCGAGCGUGAUGCCCAGGCGAAGCUUUCCGCUGCAGGGACGGAUGCGCUGGCUGUUCCUGGGGCUCGUCCUGCUGCUGGUCCUCUUCCUCUUUGCUUACUUGCUGGAGUGCACUCCCCCAGCUGAUGUCAGCCUGGUCCUGCCUGGCUUGGGAGGGGAGUCCUAUGGGAAGGACUACUACCGUGCCCUGCUGCAGGAGCAGGAGGAGCACCACCUCAGCCGUGCCGCCAGCCUCAAGCGGCAGAUCGCCCAGCUCAAGCAGGAGCUCCAGCAGAUGAGUGAGAAGCUCAAGGACCUGCAGGACUGGAAGGAAGGCCUCGGGGUCCAGGGACUAGCUGAGACCAAGGACCAGGUGCCUGGGGAUCUCCUCGAAUUCCUCCACUCCCAGAUCGACAAAGCCGAGGUGAACACGGGAGCACGGCUACCCAGCGAGUACGCCCUGGUCCCCUUUGAGAGCUUCAACUCCGGUAAGGUGUAUCAACUGGAGAUGGGGUUGACCAGGCACCCAGAGGAGAAGCCUGUGCGGAAGGACCGCAGGGACGAGCUGGUGGAGGUCAUUGAGGCGGCCCUGGACGUCAUAAACAACCCAGACGAGGAGGAUGGCCAGGAGGAUGAUGUGCCCAUGCAGAGGCAGGCAUACACUGAGAGCCACUUUACUGAGGGUCUGUACAGAACAGAACGGGACAAAGGCACACUCUACGAGCUCUUCUUUGCAAAAGAGGACUCCGACAAUUUCCGCCACGUUACUCUUUUCCGUCCAUUCGGUCCUUUAAUGAAAGUCAGGAGCACAUCCGUAGAAACGUCCGGAGUUGUCAUCAAUAUCAUUGUACCAUUGGCGGGCAGAACAGAUGCAUUCUCACAGUUCCUACACAACUUCAGGGAAGUUUGCAUAAAACAUGAUAGGGAAGUGCAUCUUACGGUGGUCUACUUUGGACAAGAGGGCUUACGAGAGGUGAAGUCUUAUUUGGAAAAAAUGUCCAGGGAGGAGACUUUUUCCAACUACACCCUCAUCCCAGUGGACGAGGAGUUUUCCAGGGGCAGGGGUCUGGACAUCGGAGCCCGCGCCUGGAAGAAGGGUGACGUGUUGAUGUUCUUCUGUGAUGUGGAUAUCUACUUCACACGGGACUAUCUCAACACCUGCCUCCUUCACACCGCUCCAAACAAGAGAGUAUUUUAUCCAGUGGUUUUCAGUUUGUAUAACCCUGCCAUAGUCUAUGGAAAUCUGGAGCUGGCUCCCCCCAUUGAAAGUCAACUUAUUCACAAGAAAGAUGCUGGAUUCUGGAGAGAUUUUGGCUUUGGAAUGACAUGUCAAUAUCGCUCAGACUUCCUUAAUAUCGGAGGUUUUGACCUGGACGUGAAAGGUUGGGGUGUGGAAGAUGUCCACUUGUACAGGAAGUACCUGCGGAGCGACCUGAUCGUGACGCGUACACCAGUAUCUGGCCUCUUCCACCUGUGGCACGAAAAGCAGUGUGCAGACGAGCUGACUCCAGAACAGUAUCGCAUGUGCAUCCAGUCCAAAGCCAUGAAUGAGGCAUCCCACUCCCACCUGGGCAUGCUGGUGUUCCGCGAGGAGAUCGAGAAUCACCUCCGCAAGCAGGCCUAUAAGACCCAGGGCAAAACUGAAGACUGAAUGAUGCCUUUUUGCUAGGCGGCCAUCUUAGGUACUCUGCAUCAGAACUCCUUGCUUUUUAAUUAUUAUUAUUUUUUACAAAUACAAGAACUGAGUUGCACAUGCUGUUACUAACAUGACUAAAAUGCACUAUACAUAAGACCUGUUUGCACAAAAUCCUGUUACAUUUCACAGAUUAGCUAAAGACAUGUUUGGGAAUGUACAAAAAUGUACAUUAUUAAACGUGAAGCGUCAACUUAAACAAGACUGAGAAUGACACCACCCGUGUCAACACAAGAAGACAUAUUUGAUGUUAGGUCAUGCAAAUUUCCCCAUCUAUCAAGUUAAGGCAAUGUUCUUGCCUGUGAGAUCAAGCAAUCAAUGGACAGUGUUCUUUAAAAAAAAUGUAUCCCAACAAUAACUAUACUGCCAUAGUUUUUAAUGUCAAGAUUGAUUUAAAGUUGUACAGUGAUAAAAAAAGGGACCUUUGUUUGAAUAGGCUUUGUUGAAAGGGGAAAUAAACACAGCCUCUGAUUUAACAGCAUCGAAAAUGAUUUAUCUUAUCGGUUUUAAUUUAGUUUUUUGGGGGAAAUGUACCAACCUGUACAGAUCUGACUGGAUUGUGACUGAAUAAUUGAACCUUGUAGCCACUCAAUGAUGUGGUCAAUCUUAAAUGGAAUGUAUAAGACAUUGUUUUAUUGGUUUAAAGCCACGGAUUGUCAUACUUUGUCUAAAUAGAGAGGAGGAUAUUAAAGAUAUAUCCCUCCUGAGGCCAUUGAUAGUCAUGAGACUUGGGGCUCUUCAAUCACUGAAGCGUUACCUUUCCUAUCUCGCAAUCUGUAUUUGCCGUAUGCAGGCUCCUCUAACACGGAAACAUUGCCUUUUAAAUUUAAAUCGGGUUGUAACGCUGCACUUGCGCGAUAGAAAUGUAAAGGUAAUUUCCGAUUUAUGCAGUGUUUACCCUUAAUGCAGUCUCCGCUAACAAGGGGGAAAUUGCCUUAACAUUUCAAUCACGUGGUACUUCUGUGAUACAGACUAGGUUGAAGAUAAAGGUUUAAACGUAAUAAUUCCGUGCAGAAGCGUUCCAAAAUAAAUGUACCGAAGCUAAAAUGACGUUUGUUAGCAGUAAAUUAAGUUCGCCAUCAAAGUGGACAAUAAACACAAACGUAGCGAAUUUCAGAUAACUACCCAGCAAACACAGUUUAACGGUUUUAAUUUAAUUCUAUACAUUUAAAUGUUUUCAGAUCUACAGCCAUUACUACUUGAUGUCACAUUUUCAAUGCUAAUCCUGAAGCAUCAGCAACUGUGCUGGGCCAAUGAAUGGAAUUACAUUGUCUUAAUGUAUUUUUUUCGACCUAGGGUACGGAUUGAAUAGAGCCCUGAAUCAAAUCAAAUUUAUAUAGCCCUUCGUAAAUCAGCUGAUAUCUCAAAGUGCUGUACAGAAACCCAGCCUAAAACCCCAAACGGCAAGCAAUGCAGGUGUAGAAGCACGGUGGCUAGGAAAAAUUCCCUAGAAAGCCCAAAACCUAGGAAGAAACCUAGAGGAACCAGGCUAUGAAUGUCGGCAGGUACCAUUUAAAAAAAAGAAGUUAUCUUUAUUGAUAAAAUAUUACUUGGAACUACCCACUGAAGUGUAAAAAAUGUGAUGGUAAUUUAGAUUUACAUAAAGUCCAAAGGAGCAAGCAAAACAUGUUUGCGAUUAAGUAACAGGGUUGCAUUCAGUAUGACAGAACGGUGUGCAAUGUUGAAUUCAACGAAAACGGCAUUGUAUUGAAUGACCAGUUGAAAAACUAUCAAGGUGGCCCACCUUUUUGUAUCAAACAUGAGUCAUGACUGCCUUUGAGUUUCUUCUGUUAAAUGCUUAUUUUCUCAUUAAACAUUGCUCUCCUCCCUCUA